CACAUGUUAUCAUCGAAUACGUUCGAAUUUUUGAUACGAAUUUUGACGCUAUAGAAAUGAAAUGAAUCAACAAUUUGAAUUCGACCCAAUCGAUAAGCCAAGAUUGGCUACCAUUUUUUCUACAUAUCAAUCGCCAAUCAUCAACGAUGAAUAUACGAAUUUUAUCCAACAUUUGAAAUUAUUGCGAACAAAUAUAGUGAAAAAUUCAUUACAAAUUUCACCCGAUUGUUCCUUCAAUUUCGUCCUUAUUGAUUAUAAGUUGACACAUAUUUUCCUAUCUCAAAUUUUCUUCAAUACAAAGACCGAAGACAUUGAUCAUGAAGAAGUUAAGCAAUAUUUUUCACCUGUAUUUGAACUAUUUGAUUGUUGUAAAUUUUCUAUUGAUACGGAUUUAUUCGUCAAGAUUUGUAAUGAUUUACAAUUAACUAUAUAUGCUUUACAUUUUAAACAAUGUUAUCAACUACAGCUAUCUUUAACAAUGGAUGAUGAAUCAGAAGAAUUUUUUCGAACAUUAUGGAUUUCAAUACGCGAAUGUUAUACGGAUUACAUUUAUGCGUCAGAUUCGUUUUUCAUUUCGAAAACAAAGAUGUUCACUUCAAUCAGCAAUUACAUUUCGAAUCGAUGUCAACUGAUUGAAAAAGUUUUUUUCAUUGCCACUGAUGGACAAGAUAAUUGUAAUCAUUCAAACGAAAUUGAUUUAAACAAGCAUGCUGAAUGGGUUGAUAAUUUUUCUAUUUGGUCUUUUGAAUUUAUGAUAAAAAAUAUCCAUCAAUAUCACAAGGUUGCUUUAUUUGAUUUUAUCCAUAAAAAUUUAGAGAUUUCGAUAGAAAAUCCUUUCGAAUAUUUGACGAAAGCACAAUCGAAUUACUUUUGGACACGUUGGAUACGAGCUAAUCAAGCAAUAGAGAAUUAUGACCUUAUCUUUCUAAUAUUAACAUCAGAUGAGUUGCGUUCUUAUCCAAGGCUUUAUCAAAAAUUAUUCGAGUUAUCUUUCAUCGUAUUGGUUUAUCGUAAUUUAAAUAAUGUUUCACUAAUGAGAAGAUUAUUUAGUCAAAGAAUCAAUUGUUUUUCAUUAAAAUCGUUUUCGUUUAUCCGUUCCAAAUCAUCGUCAUAUAUCUUAAUUGAUAAGCAAUUUUUAGAUUUGAAGGUUAAAUUUGAUUCUGAAAAUUUUUGGUCAAACACUAUCGUACAUCAAACUACAUUUCGAAUUUUAUAUGGAACUUUUAUCGAUCCAGAACAUUCCCUGAAUCAUCUAAUGAAUCAAAUAGUGAUGCAUCAUUCGAAUCUCCUCCAUAGAUAUAUGGCCCAUUUAUUCGGCAACCAAUUGGUCGACAUCUUGAAUGCGUCAUCUGGGAAUGUUACAGAUAUCAUUUCGUUUUCCAGCAAUGAAGAUGAGCAUGAAUUAAAUCUUAGCAUUAUUGACAAGUUAUUAUUACAAAUAAUCAUCGAUAAAUGUGAUCUCAUACAGAUGAAUAAUUUAAGAAAUCUUCUAAAUAAUUUACACAAAUUUAAUUUAAUCGAAUCGGAACGAUUAUUCGCUUAUCUAUUGGCUUAUUUCGAUCAUGAAUCGUCAGCUGCUGCCAUCAAUUAUCAGUUAAAAUUAUUAAAAUCUGUGCCAGAAUUAUUUCGCAAACAAAAAUCUAAAUGGACUGGGAAGCAUUUUUCUUUAAUUACUGCAUAUCUGUUUGAUAUAUUAUUUAAAUUUUGGAAUGAACCGAUCCAAAGAGAACUAAUCUGUGAUGUCAUUGAUACGAUCUUACAAAAUGAAUAA